ACCUCUGUAUAAAUUCCACUAACGUUCACCGAAUUUACGUUAGUGGAAUUUUUCAAACCCCUAAACUCUUCCUCUCUCUCUCUAAAUCACAACAAAUCUCUCGAAUUUGUGCGAGUUGAGGCAUCUGGAAUUGCAAUUUUGUUGAAUAUUUCGGUGUAAUCAGUUUGAAUUUUGAACGGCAGAGGUUUUCGUUUUUCACUGAUCGGAUCGGAAUAGAUUUAAGCAAGGAUGCAGCGGCAGGACCAGCGAAAGAAGAUCCCAAAAGAUACUGAUUUUUUCACGGAGUAUGGAGAAGCCAACAGAUACAAAAUUCUGGAAAUUAUUGGAAAGGGUAGUUAUGGAGUUGUCUGUGCUGCCAUUGACACGCAGACUAAAGAAAAAGUAGCAAUAAAGAAAAUAAAAGACAUUUUUGAACAUACGUCUGAUGCUCUUCGGAUUUUGCGGGAAAUUAAGUUGCUUCGCCUUUUACGCCACCCUGAUAUUGUUGAAAUCAAGCGGAUCAUGAUUCCACCCUCUAGGCGAGACUUCAAAGACAUCUAUGUUGUUUUUGAGCUUAUGGAGUCCGAUCUUCAUCAAGUGAUAAAAGCUAAUGAUGAUUUGACUCAAGAGCACCACCGUUUUUUUCUUUAUCAGAUGCUACGGGCACUGAAAUAUAUGCAUACUGCUAAUGUUUAUCAUCGGGAUCUCAAACCAAAGAAUAUUUUGGCAAAUGCUAACUGCAAACUAAAAAUAUGUGACUUCGGACUAGCAAGAGUGGCAUUCACUGAUGCACCGACAGCAGUUUUUUGGACGGAUUAUGUUGCUACGAGAUGGUAUAGAGCUCCUGAGCUGUGUGGUUCUUUCUCCGCUAAGUAUACACCUGCGAUUGAUAUUUGGAGCAUAGGAUGCAUCUUUGCAGAAGUCUUGGCAGGGAAGCCAUUGUUUCCUGGGAAAAGUGUGGUGCAUCAACUGGACCUGAUCACUGAUCUUCUGGGAACACCAUCAGUUGAUACAAUAACUGGAGUACGGAAUGAGAAGGCACGGAAAUAUUUGAUGGAUAUGAGAAAAAAGCGUUCAGUGCCUUUCACUGAGAAAUUUCCAAAUGCAGCAGAUCCUUCCGCUCUCAAAUUAUUGCAAAGGCUGUUGGCAUUUGACCCAAAGGAUCGUCCCAGUGCUGAAGAGGCAUUGGCAGAUCCAUACUUCAAGGGGCUGUCUAAAAUUGAGAGGGAGCCUUCUUGUCAGCCAAUCUCAAAGAUGGAAUUUGAAUUUGAGCGAAGAAGAUUGACAAAGGAGGAUAUUAGAGAAUUAAUAUUCCGAGAAAUAUUGGAGUACCACCCCCAAUUAUUAAAAGACUACAUGACGCGUAAUGGCGGCACAAGUUUUCUCUAUCCUAGUGCGGUUGGCCAAUUCAAGAAGCAAUUUGACUAUCUGGAGGAAAAUUCUGGAAAAAGUGGGCCUGUAAUUUUCCCCGAGAGGAAGCACGUUUCUCUUCCACGGUCUACUGUAAACUCUAGCACAAUUCCUCCCAAAACACAUUCGAAUGUUUCUGUAUUCGACAAUCAAAAAGUUAAAUCAGAAGCUUCAAUAGGAUUUAGAGCGCCAAAUGCUGCCUCGGAUAGUGCACCUAGGGUUUCACGCCCACCUCCAAGGAUUUCAAAUGCCAAGCCCGGAAGAGUAGUUGGACCAGUUUUACCAUAUGAGAAUGCCAGAAAUGUGAACGAUUCCUAUGGCGGAGGGAUGUGCGUUCAGAAUGCUACUCUGCCCCCGCAAUCGAACUCUCCACAUUGUUUCUUCAAAACUAGUACAGUACCGAACCAAGAGAGCUGUAAAGAGGAAGAAGAGUCCCAAGUAAAACAACAAUCUCAGCGGCAAAACACGCCAGUCAUAUCGAGGAAUGGCUCAAAUGUUGAGAUUGUCUCUAAGGGGCAGCCUCUACAGUAUACACCAGCUAAAGUGAACCCUGCUAUGAAUGCAGAAAGGAACAGCAACCCGUACCACCAGCCACAGUCGAGAGAAGGUACAUUGGAUAGUCAACAUUCCCUUGAUGCGAAAUUGAUGCAAGCCCAGUCUCGGUUUGUUGCUGCUGGAGCUGCUGCUGUUGCAGUGGCUGCUCACAGGGAGGUUGGAGCUAUGCAGGUCGGACUAAUUUAACCGGGUACAGUGACAUCUGAUGUUUUACUCAGGUGAAUUAUGCUUGGACUCAGACCGAGCGGAGACAGACACCUGGAGCAAACUGCGUCAUCACUCAUCCGAUAGUAACGAUUGUGAUGUUUGCAGAUUAUGGAAGAUUUUCUACUUGGCUUGGAUGUCUCUCGUUGCGGAAAAAUCCGAGCUGGGCGUAUUUUAGUUUUUAAGAGGCAAUUGCUUUUUAGUUGAAGGUGUUCAAGUUCAGUUAGUUCCAUGUAUGAAUGUAUAACGGUAAAAGCUGUUGCAUUGCUUCUGUCAAUUAUUUGAACAAUGAAAAUCAAGCAAUUUCUUGAAUUUAAUUCUAUCCUUGCUUUCAUGCUA